UAUGAUUUUUCGGAGAGUCUCACGGGAGAUACGACGAAUAUACUGAAGAUGUUUGAGUACGGGCAACCCCUCAAGGUAAGUUCAGACGAAAUUCGAGGUAUUUUUAUGCAGUGCAUGGUGGGCUUAAUUCCAGCAGCAACCUUAAUGUAGUUGGUGUUGCUGGGCACUAUUCUAUUAUUGCUGUUGCAUUUGGUGUUUGUUUCAGGGUCGGGGCAUAUGUCCGGAAUCCUUAGUGCUGGGCGGAUAAAGAUGGCAGUGUUGGAGAAUGGAUGGGUGUAUGGCAGUCAAGGGCUUUGUAGUAUAAUCAAUUGUGUGCUAUAGACCCUAAUUUUGUUAGCGCAAUUUACUUGACGGAGGCGAUCCUCUGCAGACUUGCGUCCAGCCAGAACGACUUUCGAGGGUGGGUGUUGGGGGCACAUUCACAGCUUUUGUCCGGAUAGCAAGGGGCGCGCGCCGAUGUUUUUGCAUCUAUUAUGAUCGUGCUAAGAAAAAACUACAAGGAACUUGUCACUAGCCAAGAAGUAGUUCCAAGAAAUCUAUAGUCAAACCCCAGGUCUUUCAGCCAAGUAUAAAUAUGCCAUAUCGUAGCCAUUCGCUGGAGUUUCCCCAGAAAAAAAAACCUAAUGGUAUUCGUCGACACAGCUGCAAAAAAGAGCGGACUUCUCGACAGUACCUCUUCAUCCGCAUCGGUCGAAGAUAAAACCAGAAUCCCCGAGGAUCUUGACAGUAUCCACUCCAAACUUGCCGAGCCAGGAUACGGAGAAAAGGGAAAUAUAUUAUCUCAAUACAGUGAAAGCCAAGUGAUGCAAAUGGGAAGAAACUACGCUUCCAAGCACAACUUAGAUUUGGACUUGUUUGGAAGGGCCGCUGCAUUGGCUCGGGCUCCCCUUCAGUUCAACGCUAUGCCGUUUGUGACAGAUGCUGAGAAAGAAGGUCUUCAUAAAGAAGCUACUCGCAAAUGGCAUGUUCCCUAUAAAUUGGUGCAAGUGAUUGCGUUGGGGUCUAUGGCAGCUGCAGUUCAAGGAAUGGACCAGUCAGUGAUCAAUGGAGCUACCCUCUACUAUGUGGACCAGUUGGGAGUUAGCAGCAUGGCCAAUCCGGAUUUGCUUGAAGGCUUUAUUAAUGGGGCUCCGUACUUGGCAGCCUCUUGUAUCGCGUGCUGGACAUCCGAUUACUGGAACCGAAAGCUAGGCCGUAAGUGGGUCAUCUUCUGGACUUGUCUAAUUUCAGGAGUCACCUGUGUAUGGCAGGGGUUUGUCAACACCUGGUGGCACUUGUUCAUUGCCCGGUUUUGUAUGGGAUUCGGAGUUGGAAUAAAGUCUGCCACCGUUCCACCAUAUGCGGCAGAAUGCACUCCCAGACAGAUAAGAGGGGCUUUGGUGAUGUUGUGGCAGUUUUUCACAGCUGUGGGAAUUAUGCUUGGGUACGUGGCUUCGUUGGCAUUCUAUACGGUUCCUGACAGAGGAAUUGGUGAAGGACUCAACUGGAGAUUAAUGGUUGCAAGUGCGUGUAUUCCGGCGUUCAUCGUGUUGUUUCAAAUUCCAUUUGUUCCCGAGUCUCCCAGAUGGUUGAUGGGUAAUGACAGGCAUGGCGACGCCUUUGAGUCGUUGGUAAAGUUGAGACACGAGCGGAUAGCAGCAGCCCGGGACUGUUUUUACCAACAUGUUUUGUUGGCAGAGGAGCACUCGUAUAGAGGAAUCUCCACCUACAAGAGACUCAUUGAGAUGUUCACCAUCAGAAGAAACAGAAACGGAGCCUUAGGAGCUUGGAUCGUUAUGUUCAUGCAACAGUUCUGUGGUAUCAACGUCAUUGCCUACUACUCAUCAUCGAUUUUCGUGGAAUCAGGUUUGGGUAUCAGAGACUCUUUGCUCGCAUCCUGGGGGUUCGGAAUGAUUAACUUUCUUUUCGCCAUUCCGGCCUUCUACACCAUCGAUACUUUCGGUAGAAGGAACUUGUUGUUGACGACCUUCCCAUUGAUGUCGCUCUUUUUGCUUAUCACCAUGUGUGGAUUCUGGAUCGAUCAGGACACCAAUCCAAAUGGAAGAAUCGGGUUGAUUGCCUUUGGUAUCUACGUCUAUUCCUGUAUCUAUUCGUGCGGUGAAGGACCGGUUCCGUUCACCUACUCGGCUGAGGCGUUCCCAUUGUACAUCAGAGACUUGGGUAUGGGUUUUGCAACUGCAACCUGUUGGUUUUUCAAUUUUAUUCUCGCGUUCACCUGGCCUAGAUUGAGAAAUGCGUUCACUCCACAAGGUGCAUUUGGAUUCUAUGCUGCCUGGAACAUCGUUGGGUUUUUCUUGGUGUUACUUUUCCUUCCUGAAACGAAGGGAUUAACGUUGGAAGAAUUGGAUGAGGUGUUUGGGGUUUCUUUAAGGAAGCACGCUUGGUACAGGCUUCAGGAAUUCCUGAACAAUGUCAACAAACAUGUGCUCAGAAGAAAGGUGACUCCCAUGGAGCCAUUGUACGAGCAUGAGAAGAGAAUGGCGGUGACUAAUCCAGAAUGGACCGAGAAGACCGAAGUUAGCCACGUUGAGUAAUUGUUAUAUGUUAAUGUAUGGAUGGUUUGAAGAAGAGCAUGUAGAGCGCACGCAUUCUGAACGCGCACGCGGAGGGCCGCCGCGGCAACCACAGCCAGUUUGCAAUGCUGAUCUUCCUUCGGAUCCUCCCGCGCUUAUCUAUCUACAAAAGCAACGCAUAUCGCUGAUUUCAACAAACAACCUUUUUUUGUCACUCAUGUCGAUUUGUUCUGUCAACGCCGUGUACCUUAACGCCCUCGCGAAGAACCCACUCCUCACCAAGGCCAUCACUGCCGGAAUCUUAAAUGGUCUCAACGAACUCAUCGCAUCGGCCGUCUCCAAAGACUAUUCGUCGUUUGCUCUCAAGCCAAACUCCAAAAUCAUCCAAAUGAUCUUCUACGGAUCGUGCAUCCUAACUCCAGUUUCCCACAAUCUCUACGGAGUGCUCACACGGAUCUUCGGCAACGCCGGUGGUAAGAACUUGACUCCGGUGCUAAAGGCUCUUCAGAUCAUCACCAGUCUCGUGACCAUCACUCCAAUUUUGUCGGGGAUUUUCACCAGCUGGAUCUCCAUCAUCAACAACUAUAAGCCCGACACUGACAUGGCUGCCAUGGUGCUGUCGUCUCCCAAGAAGGUUGUGGUGCAGUUGAAGCACGAGAUUUUGAAGGUGAAAAACAUCGUGCAAAAAGGCCUUAGCCAGAACUAUCCUCGUAUUCUUCGUGGGUCUUUGGUCACCAACUUGAUGUGUUUGAUGGUGGCACAGAACUUGUUGAGCCCAGAGUUGUGGGUGGUUUUCUUCAAUGCCGUGUACUUUGUGUUGAAUACCUAUCAGAACACCCGAAUCAAGAUCCAGAAAAAGAAGGAAGUAAGCCGGGCUCAGGCUGAGCAGGCGCACACAAAGCCGAAGGUGAACUAGAGGGGGCCAGAGGUGAACUAGAGGAGGAGACUUUCUAUAUAGUUAAUUAUACAUGUGUGGUAUUCGAA